AACACACUGGGUCACGUGACUGAUAAAAGGCGAACGCUGUGCCGUGUUAGUGUUUAGCUUAGCGCUAGCACUUUGUUCGGAAAGUCAGUGCUCGGUACUUCACCACACCAAAUGAUGAUUAACUUUUCUGCAGAGGGUUUUAGUAAAAGUGGCUGAUUUUAGAUAUUUGUAAAAAAAAAAAAAAUUUGAAGAGGAUAAUACGGUGUGUGUGAGAGCAGGCCUGUGCUGACAGGUAGCGAGUUAGCUAGUCAUCCAGCCUGUCCUCCUCCUGCAGGCUUCAUCGAUUGCAAUGACAACAAAUUCAUGUAGUUUUACAAUGGAAAGGAUUAGCUGAAUGCAUUGAAUGAACACCGGCUGGAGUAAGUGUCGUGCUUGUGGAAGGAAAUCUGUCUUCAUGCCACAUGAGCAGGGGAACAGAUGAGCCAGAAUGAACGGCACACAGCAACAUGACCUGAAAAGGCAAAACCUUCUGGAAAGAUUGCUUGAUGCAGUCAAACAGUGUCAAAUUCGCUUUGGUGGAAGGAAGGAGAUUGCCUCCGACUCUGACAGCAGAGUUAUAUGCCUGUGUGCCCAGUUUGAGGCUGUGCUUCAGCAUGGACUGAGGAAGAGUCGAGGCUUGGCGCUCACCGCUGCAGCCAUAAAGCAGGUGGCUGGCUUCACCAGCAAGACAGAAGGAGAUUUGACAUUCUGGUUCUAUGUGAAAGAGCACCUGAACCGUCAUGAGCUGCAGCGUUUCUACUCUCUAAGGAACAUCUGGUCUGAGCUGGGCCGAGGCAGGGCCUGGCUGCGCUGUGCUCUCAACGAGCACUCUUUGGAGCGAUACCUCCAUAUGCUGCUGGCUGACCGCCCUCGACUGAGUACAUUUUAUGAAGAGUGGGCUUUUAUCCUUGAUGAGGAGAGAGCCAGUAUGCUUCCCACUAUGGCUGCAGGACUGAACUCCAUCCUAUUUGCCAUAAACAUUGACAACACUGAUCUAAAUGGGCAGGCACGCACCGGGCCUUCUGUCUCACUUCUGCUAAAAGAGUCCACACAGGGCAUGAGCAGUCUGUGGAAGGAGUCGGCGCAGGGCGUCAGCACCCUGCUCCGAGAGAUCGGCACUGCCACAGCAGUGGUGCCUGGUUUUGCACCACGAUCAGACUGUCCCUCUGACCCCCUGCCCGUCCUGCCCCGGAGCACAUCCGCAGACUCCGGUUUGAGGAAGGAGCGCAGGAGGAAGAAGAAAAUCACUAACAUCAUUUCAUUUGAUGAUGAUCUGGACGCGGGAGCAGAGGAUGAAGAUGAGGGGUGUGGGGGUGGCACGAGGGGUCUGAGGAAGAGUACAAUGGGGGAUGCGAACUCAGAGGAUGCUCUAGAGGCCUGUGAGUCGUCCCCCUUACAGAACGGUCUGCCUGAGCCAGAGCAUGGCAUCAUCAGUUGGGCUGAAACUCCUCCACAGAAUGGGGUUCUUCUUGAGUCCAAGAGCAUUGACCACGAGGAAGAUGAGGAUGAAGAUUUUUAUGGCAAGAGCCAGCCAGCGCUGCAAGAGGACCAAGAGAGUGGAGAACAAGUUGUAAUUGGGAGCUUGUCCAGUGUUUCAACUUGGAGCCCUAGGCCGAUCAUUACAGAGGCCGACAACGACAGCUCAGACAUCCUCAUCCCUCUUACUGCAACAGAAACCUACAGCCCAAAAGUUGACCGCUCUGUUGAGACAAUAGGAUUUCACGAGCAAACAGAGAGCUCGAGUCCAACCACAGACACCGAAAAACCGAAAGCUGAGACAGAGUUCAGCAUGGACUCCAACUUGCUGACCCAGAAUGCAUCUGUAACCAGUGCAGUGACCAGUCCUGGCUUGCCUGACUCUAUGACUAUGGCUGAACUACGUCAAGCUAUUGUGGCCAUGAUGAACAGGAAGGAUGAGCUCACUGAGCAGAACACGUCUCUGCGCAAUCUGCUGGAUGGAGAGAUGGAACACUCGGCUGGGCUGCGGCUCGAGGUUGACAGUCUAAAGAAGAAGCUGGCUGACUUGGAGGAGAGACACACUGCCAAAGUUCAGGCCCUUGGGAGGGAAAAUGAGGUGCUGAAGGUCCAGUUGAAGAAAUAUGUGGGUGCUGUCCAAAUGCUGAAGAGAGAAGGCAACCAGAGCAUCGACUCUCUCCCCACGCUGAGGAACUGUGAAGGCUCUGCUCCAGCUGUGCAGCACAGGUCAGUGGCAGAUGUGGAGGAACUGGCAGCUAGCUAUGAGAGGAAGCUCAUCGAGGUGGCUGAGAUGCAUGGUGAGCUAAUUGAAUUCAAUGAGAGGCUGUAUCGUUCACUUAUGGCUAAAGACAACCUGAUAGUGCAGAUGAGACAGGAGCUUAUCGACCUACGAGGCCCGGUGCCUGGAGACCUGAGUCAGACCUCUGAUGAUCCCAGUCUGUCUGACUUUGAGACAGCUCACCGUGCUCUUGUCAACGUGUGGAUCCCGUCUGUCUUUCUGCAAGGCCGUGCUGCCAACGCCUAUCACGUCUACCAGGUGUACAUCAGGAUCUUGGACAAUGAGUGGAAUGUCUACCGGCGUUAUGCAGAGUUCAGAACACUCCACAAUCACCUGCGAGCCAAGUUCCCCCUAGUCGACACCUUCAACUUUCCCCCUAAAAAAGCCAUUGGAAACAAAGAUGCCAAGUUUGUGGAGGAAAGAAGGAAGCACCUGCAGUGUUACCUGCGCAUGGUGAUGAACAAGCUUAUCCAGACACUGCCUGAGUUCACUGCCAGCCCUACCAAGGAAACACUGCUACAGCUGCUGCCUUUUUGCCAGGACGUCCCUGCUGCCAACGAGAGCGGGAAUAAAACAGGACGAUCAAAGACAUCGUCUCGUUUCCCCCGGCUGGGCCGCAGUUCUGGCCGUGAUGCUCGCAACCCAGAGCCCCAGAGUGGUGACCUUUAACCUUCUAAUCACACAGUAUAUGCUGAGAGAGGACACUGACCUCAGACCUGACCUCUGAAUUGUGGAUUCCAGCAGGUCUGUUGUCUUAACCUUAACAAAACUGUGGCUCAGUUCUACGAAACUCAGCCACCUUUUCCAUUAUGGAUAUACACGGAGACGAGACGGGAUGAGUGGAGGAACAGGAGUCCGACAGAAUACUUUUCUGUUUGUCUCUCAGUAUGUGGUGGAGCUUUCUGUUACUACGGUGCCUAGUGUUUUAUAGCAGAAAUCAUCAGAAGAAAGCAGGAUGUAAUUCUUGCAUAAAAUGAUGCUUUAGUCAAAAUCGUGGAUUCAGUUUCAAGUAACUUGCACAUUGACUAUAUAAUCGACUUGACCAAAAUAAAGGAGAAAUACCUUUUUUUUUUUUUCUUUUUUUUUUUUUUUUGUUUUGUUACUCUACUAUACUGUAUGUUGGACACAGUAAUGUAUUGCUGUACUCUUACACGUAAUGGCUAAAUAGCUGAGCAAAUACAAUCCUUUUCAUUUUUCAUUGUGUAAAUGCUCCAUAAUGUCCAUGAUGCAUCAGAAAAACUGGAUAGAUUUGAGAGGACAGUAUUUAAAAAUCAUGAAAAUGAAUAUGCUGCCGGAGGAACUGAAUGAAUGUGGCCACUAUUGUGGAAAUGGAUUAUCACAAUUUCGGAUAUUUCCAUUAUCAUCAUCAUCAUUUUUUUUUUUAAUCCCUGAUGACCCAGAGUUUUGUUACACAAAGCCAAAUGCACAGUGGGGCAGACUAACUGUAAUUACGUUAGCGGACGCUCCACAAAACGAACGAACAAAUCGUGUUUAUUUUUAUGUUCGAGCACAAUAAUGAGCCUGUGUAUCUACUCACCGCAAUUUUUCCUUUUAUUUUCCUUCAACUUGACAAAUGACAAUGUCAUUGUUUAUUGACUGUUAAACUUAUGAUGUUCACUAAGAGAAAAGAAAUCGUAUUCAAAUGAGUACAUUAUUGGAAUGUAGUAUUCCGUGUAACGUCAUUAGCGUUAGCCUGCAUUCGUUUGCUGUCCUGUAGCUUUUGCCAUAACAGCAGCUUUCUACCGGAUAUCAGUUUUGCAGUCUUUUGUACAUUAGCAGUACUCAGCAGACUCGGUGGUUUUCUUUAUAUCAGCACAGGCAGAGCUGCCAGCCUUAAACCAGUGAAAAGAGCAAAAUGAAUAAAUCAGUAGAACUAAGCAUUUCUGUUCUGUGUCCAAUUCUGGGAGAUUUUACACCUGUAGCAGCAAGCAGAGCUAACUGUGAAUGUUUGUAAACAAUUGGGCCGCAAAAUAUUUCCUAAUAUAGUGAUUGACCAGGAUCACUGGUUGCUAUAGUUACCUGAUGGUUUAGUAACCAUCAAAAAAAAAACAAAAAAAACUGGGUUCUAUGGUUUUUUAGAGGUUAUGUAACAUCAGAAUAAUGUGUGUUCUAAAUGGGGGUACUGCCUCCACUGUGGGCAUGGCAGCUCAGGAGUGGAUGACUGCACAGUCGAGUGAGCCUGGGCCAGUCGCUCUACAUAACUCGCUUGAGAUAAGCCCUUUGAUGUAAUGUCGGUCAUGUUUGUGCUUGAUAAUCUAUCAACAAAGUGUUCUCCAAACUGGUGCACGCUUGUUUCACUUUUGUGAUCUUGCUGAAUGCUUUCGAAAUGUUGCCCUCAGAGCCACCAGUCCCAGGUGGUUCACCUUCACUGCUCCCUAUGGGGCUGCUUAAUUCAAAACUCAGCUUUUUAGUGCAUCUUGAGACCAAGCGUCCUUUUUUUUUUUCUUUUUUUUUUUUUUAUUAUUCAUACGGUACGUCGUCUUCUUUUUGUUCAAGCGGACAUGAUUUUCGAAUUCAAUGCGCUUUUGUCUGCAGGCAGAAUAGGAGAUGUUGACCUUACUCCAAACAAAGAUGUUGCAUAAAGUAGCUCUUCAAGAAGCAGAUAUGUGAAUAUUACAAAAGGGAAAGGGUUCUCUUGCUGUAAUCAAAUUACAUGGAAUAAUACAGACCAAUAGUUUAACCACUUAAAGCGUUGCCUGAGAUUAAAUGAGGUAUGACAUUCCACUGCCAAAUAUAGCAUGGAUUAAGAUGCUUUAUCAGUGUCUCAGGCCAUAUGGAAAAAUGAUUCUAAUGAUGAGCAAUAAUCACAGGGGAUAAUCACAGUCGGUGUUUGAGGUGAAUAAAUUGAGAAAGCUAAAUAUUUACGAGAGAGCAGUUAAAUAUCGGGAUCUUAUCAUCAACAGCAGACUAGAAGAAUUUCCAGAAUGGGCAGAAUUGGCUGUCGGCCAGAAAAGUGAACAACCAGCAGUGUUUCCACAUUAACCUCUCACUCAGAACAAAGGCAUGAUGGAGAGGAGAAGCUGACACGUUUGUAAUGGCAACAUGUGUCAUUUGCAUAAACAGUCGGGACUGAAAGAUGAGCCAGAUUUGGAUGGUAAUUUGUUUGUAUCUCGGAGAUCAUGUGCUGCUCUGGGGCCUGUCUGCCUGGAAGAGCUAUGGGUUAAAGAGGGAAGCUCUCGUCCACUGUGGCACAUCACGCUGAUUAUUUACAUGACUGAUUAUUAUUGAGGGAAGCAUUUCCAGGCACGUCCAGAGACACUUCAUUACGCCGACACUGGCGACGCUGUACUGACAUGCCUUACAAUCUAAACCUCCAUCUCCAUUAAAACGCACACUGAGUGAUGUUUACAUUCUGCUCCUAUCAUAUUUUUUAAAGCCAGGGCCAGACCUACUGGUAUCUAAAUGUGCUGGAACUGAUCUGUCCUGUUUGGAGACGGGAACCAGCUGACAUUGCAAUCAAAUCUCACUGGUGUGUGGACAUGAUCUGUGCAUGCUGUGUGCUGUUCUGUAGGGAUUCCAUUUAUUGGAAUGGAUCCACUUGCAAUAAGCAGCACACAGAUGCGGUGUGCCUCGACUGCUUGACUGAAAUCGGAUGACAGAUGCGAGACGGAGACGGCGCCUAGACCGUGCCACUCUAGGUGUUGUGUGUCUGAAAAUCUUUUCACAUUGUAUGCAAACUUUAUGGCACGUAAUAGAGAGAGAUGCCUAUCCUAGACCACUAAAAACACAGCAGGCAGUCCAACAACAGCCAUUGCUGUAAUGAACAACUAUUUGUGUGCUGUGCUCUAAGCAGCCCUUUUGUUUGUAGUUGAUGUAAUUAUCACUAAAUUAUGGUGAUUACGCUGAUUUGGGUUGAGCCAUUAUUAGACACAAACAAGGCAAAUAGCAACGAACAGGUAUAGACAGAAAAGGUUUCAGAUUUCAGAGUGCUGUUAAAUGCAUACCUCAAGGAACGCAUGAGCCGUAUGUCAGCACUCAGUCUCUGGUAAUCAAUCUGGUAAUAAGAGAAAGCGAUUUAUCCGAGCUACACAGCUGUUACGAGUGCUUCCCUGGGUGUGCACUGAGCAUCGUAGAUCAGUCCUGCACCCUGCUGUGUGCUUCUAGUAGGAGUCAAGUGAUUGGUGGUGUGUUAAGGAUCUACCCAAGUACACGGUCCUUAUCCCCUAACCAACAGGGCUUACAGAUGCAGAGACACAAAUUCCCCUACUGGAGCUGUUCUUUACUCUGGUAUAUGUGCUGUCUAUUUAAAAGCACAACGUUAUUUCACUUACAGAGAUGCUCUGGAAUUUCACCUAAAGGAUUCAAUGAUUGCCUUAUGACGAGUUCAACGAGUACAUUAUAGUCCAGCAACGCUAUUGUAAAGAGAGGGCUAAAGCACAGACCAAGUGUACACUUAAUCACAUCAAGUGCUAGCUGAUGGUGGGAGCUGAUACUCCGGAGCGGUAGAAAUGCAGGGCCAAAAAAAAAAAAAAGAAAGAAAAAGGAAAAAAGAAAAGGAAGUAUGUUGGACACAGCAGUCUGCUGCCCUAGAUACAGCAGCAGUGCUUUGAUACUGUAGCAGAGGACUCUCUUUUCAUGUUUCUUCUGAUUUUACAAGAGCAGCAGCCAAGAGCUUCUUUCCGUACACCAGGCAUAAUUCAGUUCAUAGUGAGGAUUAGACCUGACAUAUGAAGAUCCCUUCUAAGGUGUAAGCACUAAUACCGAAUCCUUCAGUGACCUCUCAUAUCAUGCUGAAUUGCUGAGUUGUUGGCUGAAUGGAAAGACAGAUAAGACUCGUUUGAGACUCCUGACCGAUGGAGGUCAUCUUUCUGGUCUUUUAGACAUUUUGUCUCAGGGCAGAAAAGGACUGAUGAAAUGCUCUGCUAGAGGAAUACUCUAUCUGCUGUCAAGAAUUGAUCCCCGUAAUGAGCAGAUUGCGCUAAACAUGGCUUAGCUGUACCAAAUUGUAGUCUAUAUAAUGAUUUCACAUCUGUUUUGACCUUUGAAAAUCAGAAAAUUUCAAACUUAUACAUUAAUAAGAAUGGUCUAGCUGGAUUCUGCCACUCUUUUUAUCCGGCUAUAAAAUUAGCUCCGCCUCCUAGCUGGUAAAGCUGCUCAGUUCUGCCCUUUCUUUCCUAAAAGGCAAUUAAUGAAGCAUGCAGUGUUUUUGCUAUUGUGCUCAAUGCUGAGGCUGACACAUCAGUAAAACUGCAAGCAUGAAAAGAAAUGGUAAAUUUCAUAAAUUUUUAAGAACAACACUGUUAUGAGUUGAACUAGGCUACGCAUGUAUGCUAGCAAAUUUCAAAUCUGCAUUAGCUAGUCCUUUCAAACACACACUUAGUGUUGUUUAAAUCUAAAUUAUUUACUUAUUCAGCUUCAGCAAGUGCUUUAUCCCGGUCAGGGUCACAGUGGCUCUGGAACCAAGCCCAGGAACACUGAACAUGAGGCAGAAACAAACACUACUAUAGAUGGGAAAUAAAUACACAACAUGCACACACACACACACACAGAUUCACACCUAGUGGGAAUUUAGAGUCACCAACCCACCUACAGACAUGGUUUUAGGAGGUGGGAGAAAACGUAAGCAAAAUGCAGACACAGAGAACCUUCAUCCAAAUAUGCAUAAUGGACUUCUCAUAUAUUAUUUUAUAAUUUUAAACAUAUAACUGUUUUUGAAACGUAUCUUAGGACUGUUGAAGAAAAUACAGUAAUUUCCAUCAACUGUAAUGGAAUAUAUAUUUUUCCCGCCUGUUCAACUCAAGUCUGUUUACGCUGAGACUGCUUACCUGUCAUACACAUGAUGGCUUUAUGCUGUAGUUUACACUAUCAGCAGUGUCAGUGUGAUGACAUUAAUGAACCAGAUUAAGAAAAGAAGCAGCGUUUUGUAUGUUAAUGCCGGCAAACGUUCCCUUGACAGUCUGUUUUGUAACCAGCUGCUGUUCCAAACCUGUGCAGAAAUAUGCUGAUUCAUUAUUUAAUGUCAUGAAACCCCAGGCUAAAUCAAUCCCGUCAUACUGGCCUGUUUUCUCAACGCUGUCCUGAGUGAAAUGUGCCGUGCUGUAAAUCUAAAGCCUCUCGUCAUUUUUGGAGUCUACACGAUCGCUAGAAAGCUUGUGAGUACGUCCCAAAAUGCAUACUAGUGUGCCUCUGUGUGUUACAUCAUAUAGUGAACUACUACUUAGACUGAUGAUGAGGAUGAUGUAGUCACAUUGAGAGAGAGAUUUUAUUUCAGUUAAACAUAUCCUGCUCAUGAUUAACAUGCAAAUAAGUAAAGAUAUUUUUUGAUGUAGUUAUUGAUUUAAGUAGUAACUUUUUUGUCACAGUACGCUUUUAGCUACUUAGGCUAGCAAUCUGAAGUGUGCUGUUUAGCUACUUGGGAACUAUAUUAUAAAAUGCACAAUAUUCGGACUAAUUAUAGUCAAUUUAGUAAUUGAAACACAUCACAACAAGUUGAAAAUCAUCCUGUCUGUUCACUCUUUUUCUGCCUCAUGUUUUUUUUACAGCCUCUACCCAAUAAUCAUGAAUAUUCAUGAACAAGUAAUGCUCAUUCAUAUUCAUUAGUUGAUGGUGAGUUUACACUGAGGUGUUAGCUAGCUAAAAGCAUGCUCAACAAAAUAAGAAGCAACCACCAUGAUGACAAAUGAUCAGAAAUAAAGCUCAUCUGGUUAAGGCUAAGCCAUGUCAUCGUAUGCCUAGGCAUUAAUGAGAGCUGCGAUACGAGAAUAAUUUGUAAAUGAUUGGCUGCAGGAGGCAAAAGCAUGCACUGUAUUGGUAAAUGUUUUUAAACUAUUUUCUCUUCUUAGUUUCUUAGAUGAUCAAUUGGGAGAAUGAUUGAAACUUCAGUAAAUAAUCUUGAAAAGCUAAAAUGAAUUAGGUUUAAAACAAGUAAAAUAGUGUUGUUUUGACUCAUUUAGAAUUUCCCAGCAGUGCUUUGCCUCUCUCAAAGCUAGCCUAAGUACAAUUUAUGCUAGUAAAGCUCAUAACGAUAAUUUAAUCACUUCAUCUGUCAAAAGCCAGCCAUGUAAUCUGUCAAACACCAUGACAAAGAUUACUGCUAUGAUUUUAGUACCAAAUAUGUGAAAGUUUUUACCCAACAAGCUUCCUUCAUUGUCACACUAACUUAUUACAUUUCACACUCAUUUACCGUGGUAUUUUCCCCUCUUCACACACAUCCCAGGCAAUUCCUCUCACCUUCCUGCGCUGCAGUUAUUUUCUGUCUCGGUGAACACACCUGGUACUUGUUCAGUCUGUUUAGUGAUACAGUGUUUUAUUGCUGCAUCCACUCAGCACAGCCACGCCAUGUUUCCACUGGUGAAACCCAGAAAGGUGAAACCUCGCACAUUGCAACUUUUGUUAAUAACCACUUGAACAGUAUGAUAAUUCUAAUAUCAGCCUACACAAACGAGAGCUGUUGAACUAUGAACGUGCGGUUGUAUAAACCUUUACAAGAGUAUUUUUAAAAUGUGUAAAUCAGUUAUCAUGGACUCGAUGAUCUUACAUAAUCUUUUUCAUCCCAUUCCUGAAAGUCAUUUUCCAUCAUAUUGUGAUGCAGGACCUGACAGCAAACUGCUAUGAUUUAUUUUUUGACCCAGCCAUAGGUCAGAUUUUGCUCUCCACCACACAAUGUGAACCACAAAAAAAAAACAACUGGCAUUGACUGGACCAUUCAUUCUGACCCCAGCCCCCAAGGAUGGGAUAGGCGAAGAAAGAAUUUCACUGUGCAGUACACAUACAUCAGUAUGUGAUGAAAUAAAGACAACUUUACACUCAUCUUAAGUAACUGUUUUUUUCCUGAAAUCCAGAGCCUUUCCCAGGAAGAAGGGACACCAGGUGAGAGAAACCUCCAUUGCUCCAUCCUCCAUAGGAUGCCAAUCCAUCACAUCAUACAGGAUACCAUGUACACCGAUUCUCACCUAGGGGCAAUUUAGAGUAGCCAGUUCAUCUCAUGUUUUUGGGAGGUGAAAGUAAAAAAUGUAAGAUCUCUGAAAAAUACCAGGCUGAGAUGAGGAGAAGGUGCACAGAUAUACCACACAGACACAUCCGGAGCUCAGGAUCGAACUGGGGACCCUAGAGCUGUAAGGCAGCAAUGCUACCCACUAUGCCACCCACCAUUACAUGACUGUGGAAAUAUCUCACCAAAAUAGUGUGCAUGUGGUUCUGUCAUUGGCCUGUAGGUGUGUGAAACGUUAUGUAAAAACUCAUUCCUGAUUGCUCUACAAGUUUAGAAAGUAUGCUGAUGUGUCUGGUAAUGUGAGUGUCUUCUUUACAGAGACCUUUCUCCCCUACAGCACAAGUCUAAUUACAUAAACCCGUGAUACCUGAACCAAGGAACUCUCUGAGAGGAAUCAGUCUCCCAAUUGCACCGUUAUCCUCAUGUAAUCCUCUCCACAGGGACGCAUGCUCGUGUGGUGUGGCACAUGCAGCUGCUGUACAUGUUGUUUUUUGAUGAGGGCUGCUCUCAUGCUUCACACGUUAGCCUCAAUGCCCUUCCUUACAUAUGAUGAAAUGAUUACCCUUCAAUGCCUUGGUGAACAUUCACUAGACUACUAGUAAAUAUAUAUCUAAUUUGUGCUUGGUAUAAAGUGCUGUUUGGAGCAUGUAUCAUGUCUAUAGGAUGGUGUUUUUGUGUGCACAUGCAGCCCCCAGUCCAUCCACUGAGUAAAUCAUGUACCAGUGCAGAUCACCAUGGAAACCAUGGUUUUCUUCUUUUUCUGGUAAUACAAGUAAACACUGAAUGAAUUAUUAUUAAACUGAAAAAAUAGACUUCACUUGGUGAACAUUAUCAACCCACAGAACUGUUUGUAUGUGAGCAUAUAUUCCUGUCGAAUCUGUGCACCUGAUUCAUAUAUAUAUAUAUAUAUACACACACACACACACACACACACACACACACAUGAUUUCAUAAUUUCAUUUAAGAGAUGCAUGUAAACUGACCAAAAAUAGUUCAUACCAAAAACAGUAUGUAGAAAUGGAAUGUGUGCAGUAUCAGUAAUGUGAAAAAUUCAGUGUUUCUAUGCUCAUAACGUCUGGCAUGACUGUAGGAAGGAAGAAUUUUCAUGGCUUGAUGACAUAUCUGUUUCACAUGGCUUGAUGACAAUUCCCCAGUGAUGGCUGCCACAUCUGUGCUAUUACAGGGGUUAAUAUAAUUCCUGGAGUGAUAAGACAACAUGAGUACAUCUGCAUGGAUUCUGCCAUGAGGUGAACAGCAUCUACUUACCAUGACUACACAAACAGUCCAGCUGGGACCAGCCAUAUGAGGAUGGCAAAUGGAAUAUGUAAAGUUGGGUCAGAGUAAUACCCAGUUUAGAUUUCACACUAUGCUAUGGGGAUAGAUGUAAUAUACUGUAGAGUACCACAGGAGUGGCAUGCUUGAUUUUGCACGUGUGAUUUAUGUUUCUUACUUCUACACCAAAGUUAGAGACUUUGUCUUCAAUAUAUUUUUUUAUAUAACAAAUAGAAAGGUUUUGUCUGAGUUAUUGCAGCUAUGAGGAACAGAGAACAUAAUUUUGCCUAAAAGAACAGAUGACAGUUUUAUGAAGUGCUUGUCAGCAGUGUCUGUGUGGGGAAGGGUUUGGUGUAUUUAUUCAUGGUACUUGGUGAAUAAAAGUGUGCGCUGCUAUUCCAGAGGAAAUGGACAAGCUCUGAAGGAUAUUUAUGUGAUUUUUACAUAUGCCACAUGCACAUCUUGAUCACUGAUGUAUUGAUACUAAUUCAAGAUUUCCUACAUCCCCUCUCUCUCUACAUGGAUCUGUCCUCUGACUGAUUUGUUUCCUACUAGAGAAAAGGUGUAAAGGUCACAAGUAAUAGAGAAGAAGACCUUAAAGGAGGAUCUAAGAAGAAACAGUGCUGGUUAAUGAUGAUGUCCAUUUAAUGAAUGUAAAGCAUCAUUGAGUGACUAAUCUAAGUAGGGUCACAUUUAGGACAGAUGUUAAUUACUAUCUGUAAUAAAAUUGUAAAAAGUUACAAAACAAUUCUGUCCUUGAAGCUGGUAAAGUAGUAGCAGAUUUAUAUAUAUAUAUAUAUAUAUAUACAUAUAUAAUGCAGGGAAAUAUUGUGCCUCCAGCACUACAGUGUGAAGCAGACAGCAUAAAAGUAGCUUAUAAAAAGCUAAACAUUGUGACUGCAAAUUAUAUGUAAUUUUAAACUUUCACAAGAGGCAGCUUAUAAAAUAACUUUACAUCAUAAAUAUCUUUAAAUACACUAUUCAAUACUUUCUUCUUAUGCACAUGAUAAUCUUUCAUUUCAUUGUGCCAAUGAAAGUGCAUCUGUCAAAUUCUCUCUCUCUCUCUCUGUCUGUCAUAUAUAUAUAUAUAUGGACCUUUUGCCAAAAUUGUGAGGCUUUUACAGAGCCUGUGAGAUGGGUCAUCCAAGAGUCAGAUGUAGCUUUUGUAGUAAAUGUCAUGAAUGCAAGGAAGAGACUCUGAUGGUGUCCUCAGUAAUUUUCUCUGUCUGCUGCAGUGUCUUGUACGAUGAUGAAGGUAAAUCACAUAAGAGACACAUUAGAAACAGCUGGUCAGGAUGCUCUUUAUAGUACAUUUGUGGAGAAUGGUGACGGGGUGGUUAGAUGUCACCUCUUUGUAAUUGUUCUUUCUUGGACCUAAGUAAAACUUCCCAUGAAAGCUUUCUCGAUAUCUUGAGGAAUGGCCAAAAUGAGGCUUCCUGAACUCAUCAGUUAGUAACUGUGCACAUGCUUCCCGUUUCUCUCUACAUUGUUGCUGAUGUUGUGUCAUCAGCUAACUUGCUGUCACUUUAACAACACUUGACAGUAUGUGUCAGCAGUGUAAACAGCAGCGGACUAAGCACACAGCCCUGGGAGACACCAAUAUUCAUUAUGGUGAUAGUGGAAGUGUUACUUUUCUAGACUGACUGAGGUCUCUGAGGUCAGUGAGCUGAGGACAGGCAGAGUAUCAUAUUAUUCAGCAGAGUGAUGGUCUUCCCUGCAGGCUUGUUAUUCUGUAUUUCUUACCGCACAUCAAAGUACUGCAGCACAUCUGUGAGGGAGGCCUCGCUGUCAGAGACACACCAUUCUAUUUUGUAAUCAGUGAUGGCCUAAAUGCCUUGCCACAUGUCUCUAGUGCCUAGGAAGUGGACAUAAAUUGUUAAUGCAUAGGAUCAUUGCAUGGCCUUUACUGUCCUGAGGCCAAUCUGUUGGCUGAAUUACAGUUUCUCAGCAGGAAGUGGCUCAUGGCUUCUCCAUCAACGUACAGUGAUACAGUAUAAAAACUAGGACACUGAUAAAGUAAAGGUUAUUUUAGGUCUACUACAGUAUAUUGGAGUUUAAAGUCAAUAAUAAAGUUGAGCAUAUUUACAUCCCAACUUUUUAAAGAAUCAAAAGAAUUUGGACAAAUAACCUGAUAGUAAAUGAAUGAAAUUCUCAAUUCAUGAUCUCAUUUUCCUGGCUGUAAAUCCAUUGCAGUCUGCAGUUUUCUUGCAGAUGUCCCUGAAGUCUGGAACCCAUAGACACCACAGAUGCUGAUGAUGUUUCUUCCCUGCUGAUGCUCUAGCAGGCCUUUGCUACAGCUGUCUCCAGUUCAUGUUGUGCUUGGGGCAAUUUGUCUUCAGUGUUGAUUUCCGAAAGUGAAAUGCAUGCACAAUUAGACCGAGGUCAGGUGAUUGACUUUGUAACAUUCCAGUUCUUUGCCUUUUAAAGUAUGCUUCAGGUCAUUUUCCAUCUGCACUGGGAAGCAUCAUUCAAUGAGUUUUACAUCAUUUGCCUAAAUCUGAGCAGAUAACAUAACCCUGUACACCUUUUUACACCGCAUUUGUAAAAAAGUCACAUCAUCCAGUUCCAACCCUUCCUUAUUACUUCUUUAUACUCUACUCUUAUACUAGUUCAGGUUGAACUUUGCCUCAUCUGUCUAUAGGAUAUUGUUGUAGAACUGCACAGAUUUUUAUGGUUUUGGGAAAGUCUAAUCUGGUCUUCUGGUUUUUGAGGCUUAUCAGUGGUAAGACUUCUCCUGAUUGUUGGCUUUGACAGAUACACCGACCUUCUGGAGGGUGGUAUUGAUCUGGCCAAUUGAAAGAGUUUUUCUUCAGGGAAUGAAUGACAGAUUUUUUUUUUCUGUGGUCUUCCAGGCCUUUAAGUGUUCCUGUGGUAGAUAAUACAGUAAUUUCAAUCGACAGUAUGAUUCUUCGAGUAGUGAUUUGAGAAUUUGAGAAUUCAUCACUAAAAUAUAUUUCAAGCAUUACAUGACAAUUACACAAUAAUAGGAUGUCAUUCAGAUUCCUGUCAUGAGAACUCCUAUACUGUAUUGUAAAAUUGUUCUAUAAGAUAUAGAUCCUAUUGUCUUGUGUCUUGUAUUAAAGAGUACUGUGUUGUGCUCCAGCCCUGAUGUUCUACUGACACUGUUGUACAUAUGACCCUUAAUUUUGUUGAUGAAUUAGCAUGCUGUGACACUCAGGGUAUUCAUAAUCCCAGUUGAUAUGGAUAGGAUGAAAGGUCACCUCUGCUAUGCAGAAGUGUUGCUGAUGUUGUUUGUUCACUUAAAGGGCUCAUUGCACAAACACUUCCACAUUCUUCUUAAUACCGCUCCUGCAUUUCUGGCUCACUUGCUACACUUUCAGUGGUAAUAUUUUAUAGUCACUGUCUGCUAGAGCUCCCGAAGAUGAAAAUCAAUGAGGUAUAUGUAAGAAUAUGCGAAAAGGCCGUUCCAGCAAGUUGGAAAGAGCUUCAGACUGCAUGAUUCAUCAUGCAUACACAAGUAGGAAGGUAGGAAAAUACCUGUUUCAUAUAUAACUCAUAUAAAUCCCUUAUAUCAGUAUAGGAAUAAUAGAGAAAAAUGAAGGACAAGUUGCUGCCUCACUGUACUGAGGUACGUAAACAGUGCUGCUGGAAUUGUUAGGAAUGGAAGAAAACGUAUCCUAUUGGCUUCAAGAGGCUGAAGUUUUAUUGUCUACUUAAAACUCAGUGUAAUAAACACUGAAGAUAAACACUGUCACUCGAUAAACGCUUUUAAGCAUCAAUUUAUAAAACAUCAUGGCAUCACCUCUUUAUGUCUUUUGUGUUAGUAGAGAAUUUUAUUUGAAAA